AUGCCCUCACAUGGCUGGCUUCUUACUGCUGAUGAGAAGUCCGAGCUACACCUUGUCAACGUGGCCACUGGUCAACAGAUUGCUCUCCCGUCAGUAAUCACCAAUGAGAGUGUGAAGCCGAUCUUUGACGACGCAGGCACAAUUGACAAGUAUGAGUUGUGGGACCCAAUGCACGACAUUGACUUAGACUUUCAAUAUAUUGGUCACCAUAUGACAAUUCAUGCUCUCGAUGAGCUUCGUGACGUCUUCUACCACCAAUCUUUCAUAUUUCCUGAUCCGUCCACAGGAAGCUACAUUGUAGUUCUCAUUCACGGUCUAUCACUUCAGCUUUCGUUUGCAAGGGUAGGAGAUUGCAAGUGGACCUUGCUGCCGCCAGGUUGGGACUACCAACAAUGCAUGUACACGGAUGGUCUGCUGUAUGCAUUCACGAGAUUCGGAAGAAUCGACACUUUUGAUCUUACCAGUCCCACCUUCACAAUGAAUACAAUUACAGAUUGCAUGAAGAAUUAUAUCCGUGGGUGCAUGUACGUUGUUCAGACUCCGUGCGGCGAUCUGCUGCAAGUUCGCAGGAAUUAUGAACUCAUAGACACAGAUGACAAUGAGAUCAUACGUGAGACUCAGGAAAUAUUGCUAUAUAAAGUUGACAUGGCAGCAAAAGAGCUUGUGAAAAUGAAGGACUUGCAUGAUCAGGUGCUAUUUCUUGGGUAUAACCAGGCACAGUGUUUUAGUGCUAAAGAACUUCCCCAGCUGAAGCCAAAUUGUGUCUAUUUCACAGAUGAUGAGUCGUGUGUUUCAGACUAUAAGAAUAAUAGCCGGGAUAUAGGUGUUCUCAACUUGGAAAAUGACUCCAGGGAAGAAAUUUUACCUCAACUUUGGUCCAGCUGGCCAAGCCCCAUAUGGAUAACACCCAUUCUCGCAAGCAUGAACUGGAGUUGUAUAACUAAUUAG